AAACGGUAACACAAAAGUACGUUAACCUGUCGAUUGGAGGCCGAUUGCGCUGGCACAGAGAGCAAAUAAAUGGCCACUCGACUUAGUUCCCGCCUUUCCUUCCUUCCUUCACUCCUCAAAAUAUUAAAGCUCCGAUCUUUGCAUUCAUCUUCAAGAUUAGAAGCUCUUUCUCGUUCUGUUGUAAAUUCUUCAAGGAAUCACUUUUAUGCUGGGUUUGGUCCAAAUUUUCAAGCAUCACGAUCAUAUGCUCGCUCUAAGGGCAAGCAUUAUGAUCUGUUUGGCACUGUGAAACCAGGUGAUAAAGAAUUCAAGAAUGCAUGGAAGAAAGAGAUGGAAGAAGAUGCUUGCCUAUGGACAGGAAGUGAAGAUGAAAGUGAGGAGGAAAAUGAUUCUGAAAAAGGUAAAAAUCAUCUAGAGAAGGAGAUUCGGAAAGUAAGACAGCAGGCAAAGGAGCACUCGCAUCUUAUUAAUGCUGAUGAUAGUGAUGAGUUGUGGAGUGUAUGGUCUGGGAGUGAUGAGGAGAAGACUUUGUGGACAGGUAGCGAAGGUGAUGAUGAUGAUGAUAUUCCUACAGAAGCAUACCCAAAUGAAGCUAGUGAUAAAUAUUUAGAUAAAUUGUUUGAGUUUGAUGAAAAACCUAAAUAUCGCACAAUCUCAGAACUUUUGAAAGCAGAAAAUGAACCUGAAGAGUUAUCCCCAGGAAAGCAAGCUAGGAAACUUGCAGUGGAGAAUGCCUUAAAAAAAUUGAAGAAAGGGCCAGAUGGGCGUUAUAUCAAUGUCUGGGAAGUCAUGAGUGACAUAGACAUUCUUAUUGGAGCCUUUGAAAAUAUUGUUUCUGGACCGGAGUAUGAGGAGCUUAGACAGGGAGGACCUAAAAAAUUGAAUAUGCAGUUUUUCAAGGAUAUACAAGCGCGCAUGAGAGAUCCAAACUACAAGUUUUCACCUGAGCUAAAGUUGAAACCAAAAAGUAAACUAGUUCCAAGAAAAAAAUGGCAGAAGGCACAAUCUAGAAGAAGGAAGGCACAAAAACGCUAGGUUAUACUCUUUUCUAUUAAAAAAUGAAACAAGUUACAUGUACAUUUCUUAACCCUUGGAAGUCCUUUUUUUUUUUUUUUCCUCUUAAUCUGUGUUCUUCACAUAUUUGCCUUCCUAAGGAUCACUAGGAUAGUAUGAUAUAUUAGAUCAAAAUGGAUAUAAUUGUAAUUCAUUGUUUGCCUUGAAAAACUUGCAUACUAAUUUAAUCACGGCAUUUUCAUUAUUUUUUGUUAUA